AAAUAUUUAGCCACUGAUACAAGUGAGCUCUCUCCCUUUGAGCUGAUUUUUUUUCCCUUCGAUUUUUCUACAACCACACAAACGCUACUUUUCUUCUCAUCACAGGUUAGUAGUCGAUUCGGAAACACGAUGGUCCCGCCGCGAAAACACCACCGCUUUCCCUCGGGGCAGACAUGCUCGGAGUGCCCCGCGAAAAAGUGGUAUCUGGAUAACGGGAUGAGGUUUUGCCAGAAUGGGCAUCGGGUUGAGGGUUAUGUACAAUUCGACGUUGAUCAAGAAGGCGACGGGUUCGGGUCCAUGGGCAAGACGCUGACGGUGAAGAAGGAGAAGAGGGAGAAGCCGAAGCAGCAGUUGAGUGGGAAUGAGGGGAGGAAGUUGUAUUUGGAGUGCUUGCAGCUUAUUUUGAGGAAGCAGUUGAGGUGGUUGAUUAAAGAGAAGAGGUUGAAUGGGGAGUUGGAGGGGGUGGUGAGGGAUUUGUGGUUGCUGAGGGUUGGGGGGUUUAAGGGGAUUGAGAAAAAGAGGGAGGAGGCUGGGGAGGGGGAGGCUGGGGAGAGGAGGAAGAAACGGAGGAGGGGGGUUAGUGCGGAUGAGGGGGAGGAGGAAGAGGGGGGGUUGAUGAUGUUUAGUAGCCAGACGGAGGGGGAGGGGGAAAAGGGAAAUAGGAGGAGGGAUUGGGGGAGUGAGUUGUGGGAUUUGCCGGGGGUGAUGGAUACGUUGGGGUUGGUUUAUUUGGGGUGUGUGAUGAGGGGGGAGCCGGUGAGGGUGGGGGAUGUUUGGAGGUGGGCGAGGAAUGGGUGGAUGCCGUAUUUGUCGGCGAUUGAUUACAUACCCAAGGAGUGGAAGGACCGGCUGCCGAUUUGGGCUCAUCAGAGCUUGUUGACGAGAUAUGUCAAAUUCAAGGGAGGAGAGCUUCAUAAGAGAGUUAUGGGGUUGCUGAUAGGGUAUAAGGAGAAUCAUGGGUUGAUUUUUCCGGCUGUGGCGGCGCCGCCGUUGCUGUUUUUGAGUAUCAAGGAUUUGGCUCUUCCGGCGGACGUUCACCCAUACGCACAAAACAUCUGCGAAUUACUCCAGCUACGUUACUCUUUCCCGACCAGAGAGACAAACCACGAGCGACAUACUCUUCUCGACAUCCCAGACGUCCUGUUAACGGCAGCUUUAGUCGUGGCAACGAAAUACCUCUACCCCCUCGAUUCCAUCGACCGACACCCGCGCGAUCACAACGACGUCUUAUCCAUGAAGAUGAACUGGAAAGUCUGGGAACAGGAAUUCGCCAAUCACGAAGACAAGAAGCCACCGAUGUUGGAAUUCGAGGGCAUGAACCCCCAGAAAAUCUGGACCAUGGACAAGAAGGAUAUCACCGAACUACUGAACUGGUUUCAAGACACGCAAAUUGAGAAGAACCCCACCAAUGAAACGGAAAUCGACCGUCUAUUUCCUCUCGAAAGGAUUCCGCCUGUGCCUAGAGUGCAAGGGCCGACUGAGGACGAGACUGAGGCGCGGUUACAAAGGGUCGGGAAGGCCAUGCAGUUGAUCAAGCCACAGCUGGACGCGAUGACAAGAACUGGUGGUGGUGGUGUGAUCAAGACGAAAAGGGUCGGUUCUGAUUAUCGAGAGUAUAGGUUUGUGGAGGAGCUUGAGGGGCACGCAAAGAGGUUCUACGAGGUUGUUGCAGACAUUUCCGGCAUGGGUUUGGAGGAGUUGAUCUUCGUGAAGACCCUCACGGGUAAGACCAUCACCCUCGAGGUCGAGUCCUCGGACACCAUCGACAAUGUCAAGGCCAAGAUCCAGGACAAGGAGGGCAUCCCCCCUGACCAGCAGCGCCUGAUCUUUGCUGGCAAGCAGCUCGAGGAUGGCCGCACCCUCUCCGACUACAACAUCCAGAAGGAGUCUACCCUCCACUUGGUCCUCCGCCUCCGCGGUGGUAUCAUUGAGCCCUCGCUCAAGGCUCUUGCCUCCAAGUUCAACUGCGACAAGAUGAUUUGCCGCAAGUGCUAUGCCCGCCUCCCUCCCCGUGCCACCAACUGCAGAAAGCGCAAGUGCGGACACACCAACCAGCUCCGCCCCAAGAAGAAGCUCAAAUAA